UCUGUCUGUCUCCCUUCUCUCUCUCUCAUCAAAAGCAAAACCAAAAGCAAGAAAAAAAAGAGAAAAAACCAACCCCAAAUCAUGGAAGGAGAUGCAGACACACCACCCUUUUGGCUACAAACUAGUACCACCAUCAGCCGUAGCCACCGUCGUUCUUCUUCUCCUUUCUUUCUUAACUCUGCCGUGCUGAUCGUCGUAUUGCCUCUCGCCGCUCUCUUUCUCUUGCUCUUUGUCAUUCCUUCCCUUUUCUCCUUCGUUUCUCAAGUUUUCCGACCUAACUUGGUCAAGAAGAGCUGGGACUCACUUAAUCUCCUGCUCGUUCUUUUCGCCAUCAUCUGUGGGAUUCUCAGCAGGAGGAACUACGAGUCCUCCGGCAGCACUGAUGAUGAAUAUACCAAUGUUGCCAGCAGCAGCACCUCCCAGGUGGUCGACAAAUCGCAUCCAUCCUCAACCCCACGUCCCUGGUUCGAGUAUCACGACCGCAGCUUCUACAAUCCCAUGACAUCCUCCACCGAUUCCACCAGGGUCGGACGCUUGAGGAGGAGCAGCAGCUCCUACCCGGAUCUUAGGCUAGAAUCCUCGUGGGUUUCCGGGAGCGAUGACAGGUUGCGAUUCUACGACGACAUCGAGGUCGAUACUUAUCGGUCGCAAUCGGGCUCUGUUCGACGACGACAUAUACGUGAAUUCCAGGGGGAAGAUCCCGAACUGAAGACGAUCCAAGUGGAUACUUUUGUGGCUCGUCCUUCACCUAAUGAAUUGUCUUCAUCGCGGCCACCUCCUCCUUCUCCGCCUCCAAGGUCAUCGACACCUGCACCACCUCCUCCUCCACCUCCGCCACCGGCAAUUAAACAGAAAAUCAAGCGACCCUCUCGAAAUAUUGAACGUAAACAAAAAGCACAAGAGCUCGAUGAUAGUGUACCAGAAGUCACGAAAAUCCAUUCACCACAGCCACAGGCUCAAACACCGCCGCCGCCACCUCCCCCUCCUCCACCCCCACCGCGACGGGAAUCGCAACAAUCGGAACAGAAGAGUAGCAAAAGCGAAAAGAGGAGAAGCAGUGGAGCGAAAGACAUAGCAACUACAUUGGCCUCGCUAUACCAUCAAAGGAAGAAGAAGAAGAAACAGAAGAACAAGGAUAGUUACGGUUACGAUAGUUCCCUUCACUCUCCACCAUCUUUGCAUUCAGGAACGCAACCAUCAGCUCCGCCGCCGCCUCCACCACCACCACCACCACCUCCUGCCUCCCUCUUUCAUAGCUUAUUCUCUCACAAAAAGGUUAGCAAGAGUAAACGGAUUCACUCAGUGUCAUCGCUACCACCACCACCUCCACCACCCCCGCCGCCACCCGCCUCAUCAUCACGUUCAUCGAAACGGACGACCAAGAUUGCGCCUCCACCAGCGCCACCUGCACCAAAAAUUCCGGACGAUUCUUCCCGGCAGAGAAAACCGACCGUAUCCGGCCGACCUCCAUUACCAGCAAAGAUGAGCAGCUUCUACGAUGGAGAGGAUAACUUGAACAGUGGUGGGCAGUCUCCAUUAAUUCCAAUACCACCACCCCCACCCCCACCUCCAUUUCGAAUGCCAGACCUGAAAUUUGUAGUUCGUGGUGACUACGUCAGAAUACGGAGUAGAACCAGUUCUCGUGACAGCUCGCCUGACAUGGAUUUCAUGGAUCUCUCAUCAAGGAAGGAACCGACACUUAUGCAAGCCAUGAUGAACGGCGAAGAUAUGGUCGGAUCGGCAUUCUGUCCAAGCCCAGAGGUGGGUGGAUCACCAUUCUGUCCGAGUCCAGACGUUAACACCAAAGCUGAUACCUUCAUUGCUAGAUUCCGGGCCGGAUUGAGGCUGGAGAAGAUGAAGUCCAUCAGGGAGAAAACCGAGAUGGGUAUCUCGGCAACCGCCCAAGGCCCCGCUUCCAGUCAGAUUUGAAAAUUUUGUUUCACUAUUUUUUUUAAGGUUUUACUGAUCUAGUUUGUUCUUUACAAGACACAUUUUCUUUCUUUCUUUUUUUUUUGUUAAUACUCUGAACUCUCUGAAGAUGGAAGAAGAAGAUAUUUAGACAAUUAGAUUUAGAAAGCUUUGGGCUCUGAUUGUGUUUUUUCUCCAAUUAGAGUUCCUAUUCUGUUUCCUCUUUUUUUUUUUUUUUUUUUCUUGUUUUGUUCUUGUAUAAGUUGCGAGUUUGGAGGCUUUUAGCCUAUGAAUUGCAAUUACUGCUGGUUGAUUACUAUUGGGAAGAGACCAUUUUUUUUUCUUUUUUGUUUGGGUGAUAUUUGUCAUUCAAAUAUAAACAGAUAAUGUAUGUAACAAA